AUGUGGUCCCCAGCGUGGGCCAUGGCCACCCUCGCCGUGCUCGGCAGCACGGCUACUGCCUUUCUCAACGCGACCGAGACGGACACGUUCAUGUACCUCGAGAAUGAGCGCAUGUACUUCGCCAUGAACAAAUCCACUUCAUACAUCUCCACCAUCACCAUCGACGGUGUUUCGCUCCUUGGCAGUCCCAUCGCCUCCUCGACCGCGGUCUUGUAUGUCGACGGCAUGGUCACCCCGAAGCAGACGCAUUAUUCGCCGGGGCCAAAGUCGUCGUUCAAGGUCGUCACCGGUACGGACAGCGCAGGCAAGAAGUAUGGUGGUUUCAUUGUCAGCGAGACCGCUCCGGAGAAUGCCUACGGCGAGGUCUAUUCGCAGUACUGGUUCUUGCGCGAGGGUGAGACCAGUCUCCACUCGUUCACCCGCCUCACGUACCACAACGAGACGCAGGACGUCCUCACGCCUCUCACUGAGCUGCGUACUCUGUUCCGCCCACAGAGCCCGCUGUGGACGCACAUGAGCUCGUCGCCGAGCUUUUGGGUUCCCGAGCCUACCCCCAACCCUGCUGCCGGCUACGGUAGUAGCUCGAACCAGGUGCUCGUGCAAGAUACGACCUGGUACCUCAACAAGAACCGUACCAACGACCCGUACGUCACACAGGUAGCGGACUACUGGACAAAGUACUCCAUGUCGGAAGUUUACAGGGACCACACUGUACACGGUCUUGUGGCAGACGGUACGCAAACGCCCGACAACUCGACUCUCGGCGUGUGGAUGGUUUACAACACCAAGGACACGUUCUACGGCGGCCCUACAUACAGCGACUUGACAGUGGACGGAUACGUGUACAACUACAUCAUGUCGAACCACCACGGCGAUCAGGUGGUCAACAUCACCAACGGUUUUGAGCGUACCUGGGGCCCCAGCCUCUUCCACUUCAACAAGGGUGACGCGCUCAGCCAGAAGCGCACCAUCGACACGGCCAUCAGCACCCUGCGCGCCGACGCCGAGACUCUGGCCAACACCCAGACACAUGCCCAGUUCUACGACGACAUUGCGUCAUAUGUUCCGGGCUAUGCGACUACGAAGGAGCGCGGAUCUUGGAAGGCCAAGGUCAAUCUGCCCAAGGGAGCGAGCAAUGCCAUUGCCAUCCUCACUGCUCCGGGCUAUGACUACCAGGACAAUGCGCAGAAUGCUUCUGCAUACCAGUACUGGGCCAACAUUGCCUCCAACGGCCAAGUGACCAUUCCUCGCGUCAAGGCCGGCGACUACCGCCUGACCAUGUAUGCCGACGGCAUCUUUGGCGACUAUGUCCAGGAGACUAUCAGCGUCAAGCCUGGGUCGCAGACCAACAGCGGCAACAUCAAGUGGGUGGCCGAGUCGGCUGGAACCGAGCUGUGGCGCAUCGGUACGCCUGACAAGUCGGCUGGCGAGUACCGCCACGGAAACGCUCUGGACACCACGCACCCCCUCCACGCCCCCGAGUACCGUAUCUACUGGGGCGCGUACGACUACAUCAACGACUUCCCCAACGGUGUCAACUUCCACGUUGGCAAGAGCAAGGAGGCCACCGACUUCAACUGGGUCCACUGGGCGGCAUACGGCAGCUCCAUGACCCGACCGGGAAUCUACGCCGACGCCACCAUCAACAACUGGACCAUCUCGUUUGACACCACUGCAAAGCAGCUCAAGAGCAAGACCGAGGCGACGUUCACCGUCCAGCUGGCGGGCGUCACCACUGCCGCUGGCAACACCGACACGUACUCGGACGCUGCGCCGUGGUACAACCUCCCGCUCGUGGUCAACGUCAACGGCGUCGAUCUCGAGGCGUUUGUCAUCCCCUUUUAUCAGUCGGGCUCGUGCUCCACCCGCAGCGGCGUCACUUGCUACCAGGUCGCCAACAAGUUUACCUUCCCGGCCUCGUACCUGUCGACCUCCAAGACCAACGAGCUCAUUCUCAGCCUGCCGUUCAACGCCACUGGGUCGGCCGUGGUGGCUACCAGCAUUUCUGUCAUGUACGACGCACUUCGCCUCGAGGUCAAGUAA